GCGGGGUUGUACUGCGUGAGGUGGGGCCUUGAGCCCUGCGGGGUUCCCUUGGCAUUCUUUUGCUUUUAUUUUAUCGUGGAAGAUGAAUGGCAUGUGUGUCUCUGUUCUACCUCAUCCUGCUAAGCGUGCCCGAAAGUACACCUUUCACAGCUGUCUUGAAGUUUGCUGCUGAGGAAUUCAAAGUUCCUGCAGCAACAAGUGCCAUUAUCACAAACGAUGGAAUAGGAAUAAACCCUGCACAGACAGCAGGAAAUGUAUUUCUAAAGCACGGUUCAGAUCUACGGAUUAUUCCCAGAGAUCGAGUUGGAAGCUCUUAAUGUCUACUGAAAUCUUCUGGAAUAAGUGACAUUGGCAUGUAGCUAAGGUCUCUUUUUAUUUUGGGACUCUGCAUUGUGACUAAAGAAUUGGCCUUUUCGAAGCUACCCUAUAUGACUUGCCAAGAUCCAGUCUUUUUUUGUCACACAGAUACAGUCUCAUUUUCUUGUUAAAGCAUAAUAAAUAAUGCACUGGUUAUUUCUUUACUGAUAUUUUUCAAUGGGGUGAUCCUAUUGAAUAAAAGAUGGAUGUCUCUAAAGAUGUUUAUUACUGAAAAUGCAAGAGUAAACUCAACCACAAUAAGUAAUUAUUUAAAAUAUUACAUAUUGUCAAACUUAGUUUGUGGAAGGGGGAACUUCAUGAUCUUGUUCCAGAGAAACUGUUCUACUGAGUGUUGGAAGGUUUAGCUUUAUUCAUUCUUUCUUUUUUCUUUUGAUAAAAUUCCAUGUUGAAAGAAGUUUUACCACAAUUUGAGUAUUUAGCCCAAAUAGAAUUGAAAAGUUAAGUGAUUUAUAAUUGAAAUAAGUAAGUAAAUGCCAAAUGUUCCAAAGUAAUUGUAAUAUUUAAUUGUUGAAAACAUUUUCGAUAGCAGAGAAUGCAGAGGUACCUAUAUGUUAACUUCACAAAACAUCAAAUGAAGUUUCAAAGCAAAUGCAAUUUCAGAGAAUUUGUGAGACAUAAUCUCAAAAUGCCAUGGAAGGCCUGGCAAAAUUUGGGAAUGUAUAAGUACUGGUCAAAUAUGUCAUUCCUUUUUCUAUAAAUAAUGGUUCUUUGUAAAAGUUUUGUUUCUGCAUAUUACAAGAGAAUCAUAGUUCAUCAAAAUGUUUGUGUUCAGGUAAUAUGCUUUUUCUUUAUCAGUUGCCUGAGGUAAAUUAUCAAUCGUGCAUUUUAUUUAGAGUAAUUGCUGCUUUUCUUGAACUGGUUGUACUACUUUGUGAUUUAAUCUGUUUGGCCAAGUCUUACCCUGUUGCAUUUUGUGUUUCUUACUGAGUUUACAGGAAAUAAAACAGUGGGCAGAGCAGUGCUUGGUUUAAUGAGCAUCAUCACAAAUAUAACUUCACUGUGCAAAAAUUCUCCAGAAGGGUGUUCAGAUUCGGUUUCAAAUAGUGCACAAGAAUGCCCUAAUGAGUGGAUAUGAAUUCAGUAUGUAGAAAAAAACGUUCUGAAAGUGAUAUUUGACUUAAAAUUUUCCACCUCUAAGAUGGAUUGUGAAAUUCUACUUUUUCCUUUGUUUUAAUAAACAAUAUGAAAAAAAAAAAA